AAAAAACGAAAUCACGACACUCAGUCACGUGGGGGCGUCGCUAGGGGUGACGUCACCGCCGAGCUCCAGCGCGAGACCCGCCUUAGAAACAAGCCUUAGAGGGAAAAAAAGCCGAGGUUGUUCGUCUGUUGUUAUUAUAAUUAUUAUUAUCGUUGUUGUUUUUUUAAUUAUUAUUUUCCGAGAACGGUUCUAGAUUUUUUUUCUCCCAGACCCAAAUGCCAGGUCCCACUCAAGCACUGUCCCCGAACGGAGAGAAUAAUAACGACAUCAUUCAGGACAAUGGAACCAACAUCAUCCCUUACAGAAAGAACACAGUGCGAGGAGAGCGCGCGUACAGCUGGGGCAUGGCGGUCAACGUGUAUUCUACCUCAAUCACCCAGGAGACUAUGAGCAGGCAUGACAUCACGGCCUGGGUCAACGAUCUGCUCAGCCUAAACUACACGAAAGUGGAGCAGCUCUCUUCAGGCGCUGCUUACUGCCAGUUCAUGGAUAUGCUAUUCCCCGGCUGCAUCAGUCUUAAGAAGGUCAAGUUCCAGGCCAAGCUGGAGCACGAGUACAUUCACAACUUUAAACUUCUUCAAGCCUCCUUCAAGAGGAUGAACGUGGACAAGAUAAUUCCAGUAGAGAAGCUCGUCAAGGGUCGAUUUCAGGAUAACCUGGAUUUCAUCCAGUGGUUCAAAAAGUUCUUUGACGCCAACUACGACGGUAAGGAGUACGACCCUGUGGAGGCGCGACAGGGCCAGGACGCCAUUCCUCCUCCAGACCCCGGAGAGCAGAUCUUCAACCUGCCGAAGAAGUCACCCCAUGCAGCCAGCUCCCCUACGGCAGGGGCUACUAGAUCAUCCAGUUCGACCCCCAAAUCGUCCACGUCAACCUCGCGACCCUCUUCUGCCAAAAAGGGCCCUGUAACGACAGCAGCAACCCCAGCCAAGGGCGAGAAGGAGCUGGAGGCUCAAGUAGCGCAGCUUAACGAACAGCUGAACACAUUAAAGCUGGCCCUUGAGGGUGCGGAGAAGGAGCGGGACUACUACUUUGGGAAGCUGCGGGAGGUGGAGCUGCUGUGCCAGGAGCAGGGCCAGGAUAACGGACCCUUCGUGGAAAGAAUUAUGGAAGUGCUGUACUCCACAGAUGAACAGGAGGCUGGAGGAGAAGGAGAACAUGAGGCUCUGGCACAGGAAGUGGAAGUCCCUGACGACACACAGGAUGAAUAUUGAGCACCAUCCAUACACAAACACACACACACACAUGCGCGCUCCUUUGCCAUUUGUGAGCUUUGACCUUUAUUUUCUGUUAAGAUGGCACAAGAGAAAAAGCCCAGAAGCCACUUUUAAUUUUUUUUUUUUUUUUGUAUUUCGUGAAAUGAAAAAUGAAAUCUUGUUCCUGUACAUGCCUCCAUGUUAAAAAAACAAAAAACAAAAAAAACUACACACUUUUACCACAAACGCUGAACAAAGUUGUUUUCCUGCUCUCCACAGCACUGUUGGUUUGAUUUUAAUUUUAACAUUAUGAAGGAUAAUUUUAUUCUUUAUAUAAUUAUUUUCAGCUGUCAUUUCUUUUUAAUCUGCCACAUUAGGACUUAUGGAGCAAUGUUCACGUGACUUGCUUGCACUUGACUCACUACGUCACUUACAUUUGUUCAUGAUCAGUCUUUUGGCAAAAGUACUGAUGAUUUUGACGCUCUAACAGUUGUAGGCAUUUAAAAAAAAAUGUAAACGGCAGAAACAAAGUGUGUCUAUGAUUUACCUUGAUUCUGAUGAAGCCAAUCAUUCGUGCUAUGCUAGAAAUGCCUAGUCGCCCCAUUAAGCCGAGUAAUCAGCAGCCGGUUGCACCGCUAGAGCGUAAGCUGUGUUGCAACCUAGUUUAGCAGAAAUGUUCACUACGUUUAAGUUUACACACUACUAAAAAAAUUAACGGUUGCACCAUGUAGCAUAGUUUUAACAUAGUCUUAAGUUAUAACGUAAAACUUACAACUAGUAGGUGCGACAUCUGCUGUAAAAAAACAAAAACAGCAAUGCGAUAAUUCUGUCCAAAGUGAAGAGUAAAAAGUGCAUGUUUACCGACUUGGAUUAUGUUUUAUUAUUCUUUAAUGAUUUGUUUGUGGGACGUAUUUUCCCUGGCUGAUUGUAACAACGCAUAGAAACGUAACGCAAGCAGCAAAGCAACAGGAGAUUGUUUAUUUUGAGUGUACGUAGCCACGAUUUCAGCACCAUUUGAAUUAGGUUUUCUCAAUUCUAUGCAAAUUAGUUACGACGCAAUAAAGCGGCAAAAAUCCGAACAAUUUGCUGGAGUGAUUCCUCGGACCAAUCCUAUCACCGAGUGGUCCGACAUUUCUUCAGUUCCCCGUCCACAGCUUUAGUUCCUACCUGCAGUUAGAAGAACGUAGAACCGUCCUUGCGAUUUUGUUAUUAAAUGUGUUUAGCGACGUUACGAAGAAAAAAUAAAGCUACGAAGGAAGUAGCGGAGAUUGUCGGUACCUCGAAGGUGAGUGUACGUAGCUAGUACAGUUUUGCUAGCUUUGCUAAUCGAAUCCAAAGCUGAACACGUAACAUGUAAAUUGAACUCAAGUGAACGUGUUUUCAAACGAAAUUGGUGGGCUGGACAUUUUAGCUACUACUGUUACUCGUCAGAAUUUAAAAAAAGGGAAAAAAAAUAGGCCACGCCCACACUUGACAAACUACAAGUGAUACUAGAGGCUUAUCGCCAUCUAGCGUGAACGUCCAACUGGUGCAACCGGCUGCAGGAAUAAAAUCUGCAAUAAAUAAAAUAUUUACAAUCAUCCUCCCACGAUUUAUGUUUUGUUUAUGCGCUUAUACUUGCAUCCAGAUAUCUGAAUCAGUCCGAAUCAUUUUCUACAACAUGAGCAGCUUUGUGUCUCAGUCCGUUCUUGCUAUUGGAUAGACAAUUUCAGUGUAUUUUGUUUCACAGUAUUCUCGUGACACUUUAUUUUCUUGUUUUCUUUAGAAGCCUGCCACGUUCUGAGAAAAAAAAAAUCAAAAUAAAUAAAAACGUGUAUAUUGAAGAUAUUUUAAUAUAAUUUUAAAGUCCAGGUUUUAGCAGGAGGACGUAACGGUAACUCUCGGUCAGAAACUCUCGCAGUGUUCCAGUGCAUCGUAUACUGUCUCAUGAUGAUGUUGCAUUUAGUUCCACUACCGAACUCCACGGCUCAUUUAUUAUCGUGUACAAUGAAGAGGAAUGUAAUGUACUGUUAAUAAGUAUAAAUAGAAAAUGUUCUUUUUUUUUUUGUUUUGUUUCUCUCUCUCUCUCUGUAUCCCUCAUUAUGCAUUCCCCAAAAACUGUGUUGCAUGUUUUCAUUUUAUUUGUGAAUAACUUGACCUGCUUUUUACAUAUUUAAUAUAAAACAAAAAAAUAUGUUACGUGGUUUUUUUUUUUUUUUUUU